UGUGACAGUUAAAACGAUCAGUUUGAAAACCGAUCCAACCUUCGAUCCUCGACCACACGCUUGUAUCCAUUGUUUGUACCACAACCGAUUCUUGUCCCGAGAUUGUCAUAACAGUGGUGUCCUGGUCAGGCCAAGUGCAAUUCGAUGACUUAUUGAAUAAAAACACACAGAGUCGUGGAAAAGGCAGGAUCAUCCGAUAACGAAGCUCAGGUGGCACACUUGAUAUAUGCGUUACGCGAAGAAAACAAGCAAAAUCAUACAACUCCAGUUUCGUACCUUUUUGAGAAACAGCAGCAACACAGGCUAUUAUUAAGAGUGAGGAAUUCUACUAGCAAGAGAUAUAUCCUUAGUGCAGAUUCAAGAUUUGUGGAAGGAUAUUGAGAGCCACCAGUGACUGGUCGUGUACCUUGACGAUUUUUUGAGUGCCUUACUAGUUUUGACCGAAGCGUUCCAAAAGACAUUUCAAAGUCAAAUCCCGAAAAUGCGCGUCCUACUGCUGAUGCUGUUCUUCGCGCUGUUGGCAUCAUCAUCGGCCGAACAACGGCAUCGCGAGCAUGCUUCCACUCCAACGACGAGCAAAACCAAAGAGAGCACCAGCAGCGCCGAAGAUUGUGCGGCUGAAAAGUCGAUCCUGAAAAAUUUCUUCUCUUGGUACGACUACAGCGUCCUGGGCACGAUGCUCAUCGUGUCCAGCAUGAUCGGGACGUUCUACGCCUGCUUCACCAAGGAGCAAAAGACCAGUGAGGACUUUUUACUCGGCGGCUCGGACAUGGGCACUCUGCCGAUGGCCAUGUCACUGGCCGCUAGCUUCAUCACCGCCAUUGAACUGCUGGGCAAUCCCGCCGAGAUGUAUGGCCACGGUACGCAGUUCUGGAUGACGUGUGUCUCGUUCGUCCUCGUGGUUCCGAUAACUUCGCAGCUCUACCUCCCGGUGUACAUGAAGCUGAGAUUGACCUCGAGUUACGAGUACCUGAAUCUGCGCUUCGACAGGCACUGCAGAUUACUGGCGAGUGGCCUCUACAUGCUUCAAAUGAUCCUGUACACGUCUGUGGCUGUUUACGCGCCAGCUCUAGCUUUAAGUCACGUUACCGGCCUCAACACUUACGCCGCGGUUUCUCUAGUCUAUGCAGUUUGUAUUUUUUACGCCUCCCAAGGCGGCAUGAAAGCCGUGAUAAUGACGGACACGUUCCAAGCGGUAGUUCUCAUGGGCUCGUUGCUGCUCAUAGUCAUGUGGGGCGGGCUGAUGGCGGGCGGUCCCUUGGUGAUCUGGAACGACAGUCAAGAAACCGGCAGACUCGAGUUUUUCAACCUAAGCCCGAACCCCACGGUGAGACAUAGUUUUUGGAGCGUCGUGAUUGGUGGGACUUUUUACUGGACGACCAUGUUUUGCAGCAAUCAAGCCUCCGUCCAAAAGUACCUGAGCGUCCAGAGCAUCGGCCAAGUCAGAAAAGCUCUCUGGGUGUCGGCGAUUGGCCUCAUUCUAAUUUACACGAUAAACUUCAUGACUGGCAUGGUACUGUACAGCACGUACAAGGGAUGCGAUCCCAUUACCGCCGAACACAUAACGGGCCAGGAUCAACUGCUGCCGCUCUAUGUCAUGAAUUUCAUGGGAGCCGCCAAGGGCGUGCCAGGCCUCUUUGUAUCAGGAAUUUUUGCCGCCUCGCUCGGAACCGUAGCGAGUGCACUAAAUUCUCUGGCAGCGAUAACCUGCGAGGACGUGCUGCAAGGCUUGUUCAAGAUCCGCAUGCCCGCUAGCAGAGGUGCCGCCUACGCCAAAUGGAUCAGUGUGUUUUUUGGUCUACUCAGUUUCGCUCUCGUUUUCGUCGUCGAGCGGCUCGGUGGCGUCCUCCAGGUUGCACUGUCGUUCAACGGCAUGGUCGGUGGCGUCACUCUCGGUCUGUUCUCGCUGGGCAUGUUCGUGCCUUGGGCCAACGCUCGUGGAGCUGUGACCGGUGCCACCAUCAGCCUCAUUGUGGUACUGUGGAUCGGUUUGGGCGCCCAAAUCUCGGCACUGCGUGGGGAUAUCAUUGAAAAGACCUUGGACACGUCGAUUGAAAACUGCCCCUGUCUAAACAGUACCGCUACCGCAGCGGUGCCAUCACUCGACUCAGUUGAGGCGCACGGACACGAGGCUUGGUUCGUUUACAGAAUAAGCUACCUGUGGUACAGUGCGAUCGGCUGCAUCGGCACAAUGGUAAUCGGAGUGGCAGUGAGCUACAUCACGGGCUUCCAGGAUCCAGCGGAUCUCGACCACGACCUGCUCAGUCCACCGAUUCGACGACUCAUUGGAACCACGAAAUCGAAACCACAGCACGCGUCCCACGGACUUCACGGUAUUACGAAUCUUGCGCUGGGGAUGAACGAUGAGAAGCCCAAAAUCGAGGUCAAUGGCAAUCUCGAAAAAACAAAACAAGAAUACCUGAAACCUUGAGCAUCUCCACUGGUUUUGGGUAUCAUUUUUGGUGAUCGAUUUACGGGAGCCAACUUUGGACUCCACACUGACGUAGAUGGUUUGGAAAAAAAAAGUUUGUGUGUAUUCUCAUGUACGGUUUGAAUUUUGAAUUGUUAUCAGUGAUUGUCAUUGAAUCAAUGGCAGAUAAAGGCAAAUAAUGAAUUUUUAACUUUGUGCUGGUUCAUAGUGUACGCUUAAAUCUUAGAUGGACGUGAGUUUAGUUUGAAUUUACUACUAAUAAUUUUUAAUUCCUUAAACGAUGUAAGUUUUCUUUCUUAUAUUUUUUUAAAAAAUGGCAAAGUACUA